AUGGCGGCUGCAGUACACGCAUGGACCCAGGCGAGGCCUGACGAGAAGUCAUCCUCAGCCUUGACCUUUGAGCCGUUCGAGCUACCCAAGACCAACCAAAGAACUCUAGGAGCACCUCACCAGCCUGGUACUAUCUCGCCCCUGGCACUGAAACCAUCUGGUACCGGGAGCACCGACAUCGAUCUUGACCAGGCUGUCCAAACGAUCAAGGAUUUACAAGGCCGAGACAAAUUUCUGACCAAAAGCCUCGCUCAGCAUGGCACAAUUCUCUUCCGAGGCCUCCCAAUCCACGAUGCAAAUGACUUCAGCAAAUUUGCUCAUGCAUUUGGCUACCAACCUCACGAGAUCAUCGGGAUUGUGGUAGAUCGCCCGCUACUGGCUCCCAACGUCGCUCCAGCCAACGAGGCUCCCAAGGAUGUGCUGAUUUACAACCACAACGAAUCUCCACAGGUCCCGCACGCACCAGAGUAUAUUUUCUUCUAUUGCCACAAAGCCCCUGCGAAAGGAGGCGAGACUCCAAUCUCGUCUUCACUAGAGCUCUUCCACCGGGCAAAACAGGCGAUUCCAGAAUUCGUCGAUGAGUUGGCCGAGAAAGGGAUACUGAGCAAAGUGACGUACAAGUUCGACAAGAUGUACGAAGGUGGUUCGACUCUGAAGCAGGCGUUCGGGAAGCACAUCCAGGACGACGAUGACGAGCAGACACGACGCGCCAAAAUCGAGGCGCAGAUUGCCCGCUACGGCCGUGGCAAAUACACAUCUUGGGAGUGGACCGACGAUGGUAUUGUCCUCACACACCAAUUGCCGGCCGUCAGGACACAGCCAGAAACAAAUCUUCCCACACUGUUCACUGGAUUAGCGGCGUACUACAAGAAUGCCAAAGUCAACUCAAAGACGAGGAAGGGUGCCGCACAGCAGUGUUUCGGUGAUGGCACACCGAUUCCGGAGAAGUAUUUGAAGACUCUGGCCGAGAUCACCGACGAGAUUCGGGUUUUGCACAAGUGGCAGCAAGGCGAUGUGCUAUUGUAUGACAAUAUCAUCGCUCAGCAUGGCAGGCAGCCUUGGGAGGGAGAACAGUCGGAUCGAGUCAUCUUGGCCAGUCUGUUCGAUGGCGAGAGUGUGCCUGGAGCGUAUACGGGCAAGGACUGGGCGCAAGUUGUGCAGGCGCUUGAUGACGCAUGA